ACGUCAAUAUUAUCUACCCCAGAAACUGCUUUAGCCAUAAAGACGACAAACACACCUUAUCACUAUAUAUCACCGUCCAUUAUUUGUCCCCUUUAAAUCCCAGCUUCACUGCUCAUUACUCCAUCGCCUUCUUUACUGCAACUUCAAUCAAAGAAUGGAUUCUACCCCAUCAUCCGAAAUUGUUUAUGAUAUCCCAAUGCUUUUUCAGGUCUACAAAGAUGGCCGUGUCGAAAGGUAUCGAAAACAUGACUUUGUCCCUCCUUCCGACAAUCCAAUUACAGGUGUCCGAUCCAAAGAUGUCGUCAUCGUACCAGAAAACAACGUAACAGUACGACUUUUCCUUCCUAAAAUCACCCAAAACGACCAGAAAUUUCCUGUCCUUGUGUACCUCCACGGGGGCGGGUUUGCAAUAGAAUCAGCGUUUUCUACUUACUACGAUAGUUACCUUCACUCUGUAGCUGCAGAAACCAAUGUACUUGCUAUAUCCGUCGAGUAUCGAUUAGCCCCAGAACACAAAAUUCCUUCGUGUUAUGAUGAUUCGUGGGCUGUUAUGAAAUGGGUUGCUCAGCACGCAAAUGGUGAACAGGGAACUGAACCAUGGCUGAAAAUCCAUGCCGACUUCUCCCGAGUUUUCUUGGCAGGUGACAGCGCAGGAGCCAAUAUUGCUCAUAACAUGAUGAUGCGAGCAAGUGUAGAUGAAGAUAAAUUAGGAGAUGGCUUGAAACUUGUUGGAAUGGCACUGGUUCAGCCCUAUUUUGGUAACAAUGGGCCAGAUAGAAUUUGGUCAUAUUGUUGCCCAGAAAAUCCGAAUACAGAUGACCCAAGAUUCAAUCCAGCAGCUCAUCCAAGUUUGUUGUCUAAGCUUAUUUGCUCGAAGAUUUUGAUAUGCACUGGGGAGAAGGAUUUUAUAAGAGAUAGAGGCUGGACAUACUAUGAAGCACUAAAGAAAUGUGGAUGGAAAGGUGAAGUGGAGAUUAAAGAGACAGAAGGAGAAGAACAUGUUUUUCAUUUGGUUAAACCAACUUGUGACAAAGCUAAGGCCUUGAUGAAAUGGCUGGCCGAUUUCUUUCAAUAAUCAAGCUGAAUUCUUGUUGUGUAAAAUCUCUCUACUAGUUCAGUUGUUUCUCUUUUUUCAUUUCUAAUUAAAUAAGUCAAUGUCUCAGGUAACUUAUAUGCUUCACUUUCUCGGAAUAAAACUUGAAGUGGAAAUGCAAAGAAGAUUUUAGCAGAAUUCAUAAUCAAGCCAUGAACUGAAUGAA